UAUCUGAUAAAAAAAAAUCAGAUCAUGUUUUGGAUGUCAUGUCGUGUACCUAUAUUGCUGACAUGCUUGUGGUGUACAGUGAAUGGAGCAGUUUCAAUAUCACCUAAAAAUGAGUUUCCAAUGAAGGGGGAAAGUUUUACUCUAACAUGUACCAAUACCAAUCCAAGUAAUAACAUCAACUGGGGUCUGGAAUAUGCUGGAUCUUCAUCGGUACUAACAACCUGUAUUGCUUCAACUGACAAUACAUGUUUGCCAAUUCGGACUGGAUAUACGUUCACCUCAGAUGUUUCUAACAACACAUUUAACAUGCAGAUAGACAGUGUUUCAUUAUCAAAUUGUGGGAUCUACACAUGUAAUGAUGCUACAACUUUUGAUUCAGACCCUCUUACAGUAAAUAUUUCAGAUAUAAACACAGCCAAAUCUUCACUCAAUCUAUCUGAACCAGUAGAAAAAACAGAUGGCCAGGUUUCCGUUGAAACUGAUUGUUUAACACCAAUGUCUGCCAUAUCAUCACAACGUUGUACAUACUACACAAAGGAAGGUGUCGAGUAUGAAACCUGUGAAAACGUAACACCAACCAGUUCAUCAACUGGUUGUACCGAUACUUGCAAUGGGGAGGCUUGGGCAAAAGUCACUGUUCAAUAUCAGUAUACUCAGGCAACAAAGAACCGAGUGGAAGGCAAUUUGCGAGUUCGAAUCAAACACACUGGAGACUCAAACCACCCAAGGGAAAUCGUAUGGAAUUCAACUAACAUUCAAUGGGUGGAAGGUCCCAAAGAUUGCAAAUGUGACUGUUGUAUCCAUAAAAUUGUGUGGAUAGUCGUCUCCACUCUCUUUAGUCUCCCAUCAUUAGGCUGGACUUUAUUCGUACUUAAAGACGCUAGAAGAAAAAAAUGGCUAAAUGAUAACUUGGGGGAGCAAGCCCACCUUUGCAUGAUUGGUUGGGUAGUUUUGAAUCUGGUGUACAGCAUUAUUGCUGCCAUCCUCUUUUGCGUCCUAGUUUGCAAAAACGACUGUUGCGAAGAAGAAUGUGACUGCAUUUGCAAUUGUUGGCCUGUUUACAUCAUAAUUGGAUAUGUAGUCAAGCCAGGAGAUGUGAUAGUAAUUGUCAUUGGAGUAGUUGCCUUUAUAAACGGAUGCCGAUGUUGUGCACCAUGCUGUUCAUGGUGUUGUGGACUAUGCACAGCAGCAUGUUUCUGUUGUGACAGAUGCCGAUGUUGUGCACCAUGCUGUUCAUGGUGUUGUGGACUAUGCACAGCAGCAUGUUUCUGUUGUGACAGUGAUGAGGAUGAUGAUGAGAAUCCUCAGCAUGGGAUGAGUAACAAGAAAAGGGGCCGUACUGCUGCUGCAAGCAACACAGUUCCGAUGUCAAAAGCCCAUGUCCAUGCUACAAAGGAACCAAAAGAUGCAAAACACAAGGAAGCAAUGGAUAGCCAUAGUUCUGGGUCUGCAGUGUCAAGGAAUGAUAUAUAUCCUCAUUUAAAUGAGACAGCUUCUGAAAAGCCAUUAAGACAACAGCCUUUGCCUCCAGUUGGUGGACAGAAAGGACAUGGAAGAGGGUUGUCUGCAAAUUUUGGGGACAAUAAUGAUACCAUGCCAGCUGUAGAUACUAAGAGACUGCCACCUGUGAUGGAUAGGAAUGAAGAUACAGAGGUUAAGAAGAAGAAAAAGAAGAAGAAAAAGAACAAGGAAAAGAGAGAACAAGACUAGCUAGUGGUGAUCAUGAUGGUUCUGACUUAUUUGAAAAAUAAGUUUGAUAGUCUGCAUGCUGUGAUAUAACUUAUGAUGAUCAUCGGAUACAUAAAUAUUAAUAGAUAUUAUACUGGUAGAAUAUACAUGAUGCAUAAUAAGCAAUCGAAUAAAUGGCUCAUCCAAUUCUAAUAUUUAACGGUUUUCAUUCAUAUUUACAGAAAUAUCUUAAAAUGAAUUGAAUAUUGGAAAUAUAUUUUAUUGAGAUAAAUGUAUAACAACAUCUGCUUUCAAUGUUAUCCAUUAGAUAUGUUUGGCAUAAAAAAUGUAGGUAAACAUUAAAAACCUUGCAAAUUAAAAACAUGUUUGCAUUGGUAUUUAUAUCUUAUUUUCAACCUUGAAAAACAGCUUUUAAAUUAACAAAUUAUCAAUUGUCAUUGUGCAAUUCAAUGCAUAUUUUGUUGUAUUCAUUGUGCCUGAGCAUAAAAGGGUUGGUAAUUGAUAUCUCUCUCCAGCACAGUAAUGACAACAAUUAAAAUUGUGCUUAAGAUAAUUCCUAAACAUAAACUUAUUCACCAAGAUAGAAGUUAAGACAAUGCCAGAGCAUUUUGUACAUGUAAAUUAAAUAAUAUUCUUAUAUAAAUCCUUGGUAAAAAGCCAUGCUGCAUGGUAUAUAACUGAAAAAAUAUAUGUAUAUACGGUAUUUUAGUCUGAAUUGUUCAUGUUUUAUAUUAAAGAGUUGGAGAAACUCUGCUACCAAAUUCAUAAUGAUUUAUUCUAAUAUAUUUAUUCCUGUCUAACACAUAGGGGUAAGACAUAAGUCACAAUUAAAAAUACACAAUAAUCAAACAAAUGAGGACAAUAAGGUGUGUUAAAACAAUAUAUCUAUAACAAUAACACAACAUACAUAAUGAUUUCACAACAAUAAUUAACACAUCAAAAUGAUGGUGCACCAUGCAUUCCAUUGCAUUCAUGAUGUCAACUUCCUCAAUUUAGUUAUUUUUUAUGCUUUAAAAUCACAUGUAAAAAAUCAAGGUCAAGUAAAGAAUAGGUUGACAAUUUAAGUGCCAUACCGAGAAGUAAUUAAAAUGUGAUAUUUAUGCCAAUAAAAAUAAUGGGACAAACGCUUCUGCAACUUCCUCAUUGAUCAUAUAACACUGACAGUCUAUUUAUUCAUAUUUGCAAAACCUCUCCUAAAAACAUCUUGAGUACAAAACUUUGGAGUCAUAAUGUAGAUCGUCUGUCUGGUCGCGUGAUUGUGUGGAAUUCCCCUAUCUAUUCCAUAACAAAGAGUGAUUGAUUACGCAUACGUAAUAUCUGCAAUAUUCCCCCACAGAAUGUCUGAUAAUGUUGUUAUUGACUGUAUGAAGAGAUUAUUGAAAAAGCAUUUUAAUAUUAUUAUUAUUGUCUUCUAGUUGUGAGUUUGGUAUCCAAGUGUAUAAUAUAUCAUCAUGCAUUUAUUUCCUAUACAGACAUUCGUGUAUUUCAUAUCGUGAUGAGCAAGAGCAUUUUAUACCAAGAGCAUAAUAAUCAUUUUAAUCUUCCUAUAGUCUGUUAGUGCCUCACGUCAUUACUUUUGUACAUUUAAUGUUAUUUGUCAUUCAGAUCUAUUUAUAGUUUUAGCUAAUCUAGUUAUUGUCUAGCCUUUGGUCGUUUGUCUGCGAUAAGUGCGUUAAUUAACAAUACGUGCUAUAUAUUCGAAUGAAACUUGAACUUGGUAUGUAUGUUGCUCAAGACAAUAUACACAAGUAUGUCAAGGCCCAUAACUCUGGUUUUAAUAAUUGUAGAGCAACAUUAUCAAUUGAAAAACAAUAUAGGAGUGUUUGGUUCCCUCUUUCAUCUGCUUUGUAAAACAUUGAUCCGCCAUCCAUCCACAAUAUCUUAGAGGUCUGUAUGCUCAUUUCUUGCUGUGCUAAAAAGUAUUAUUCAGUUUCAAAUAUUAUUUUGUAUGCCUAUAUGUUAUUUAUAAAUGAUACAAUCAUGUACAGAUUCUAAUGCAUUGUUUUGUGCCAUAGUUGCUACAUAUACUAGAGACCUCAAGUUAUGUAUCAAGUCAUGUUUCAUAUUUUAGAUUCUUCUGAGAAUACUUUUAAUUGUGUUAUAAUGCAGUGAAUAAGUGUCCAUGUUUAUACCAUGAAUAUCAAUAGGAAUGAUAGCUGCUGUUCUUCAAUCUAACCAAGAAUUCCAGCAAUGCAUUAAGUUGUUACAAUCGAUGCGUUUUCAUACAUUACUUUAUCUAUGCUGCUAUAAGUAGCUGUUUUAUUUAGAAUGUUAAAUGUUAAAAACAUUUAGCUAGAUACAGAAUUAUAUAACCAAGAAAUCCGAGGAGAAAUGAUACAUUUCUAGAAAAAGUAUAGUUUAUCUUUUUACAUUUUACAACAAUGAUUUAAGUGUAUGAUUACUGUUUUUAAUUUAGUAUUUUUUUUGAAGAAUUGUUUACAUUGUACAAGAAUUGUUAAAGUGAUUGCCUAUAUAUUUCUUUGCUGCUUAUGUCCAGAAAACAUAUGCUUAUUGAGUGCCAUAAUUCUCUAUAACAAAUUGUGUAACAUACUAGUAUAUCAUGUAUUUAAAAGUUUAAAGUUGACUGUGUAAGUUUGUUAUUGGUGUUAAAAUUUAUUAUUUGCUGUAUAUGUUUUGAAUGUUUUAAUGCCUUACAUGUUGUUUUAUAGCUUUUUGAAAGGAAACUAAACACAAUUUAUUAAAGGCAUACUAAUUUUGUCAUAAACCAUUAUGCUUCACUUUAAACUGAUAUACAACAUGUAAAGUAUUAUACUGUUUGUACAUUAAUCAUAGAGUUAAAUAUUUUGUGAGUAAAAAUAAUUCAAUAAGAAUUUAUCAGAUGAUGUCGUAUGAAAUAGGAUAUGAUAGGUCAAUGCAUAAUGUGCAUGUGAUUUAUUGAAUGGCAAUUAAAGGCAAAUGAAAUAUUAUCAGCUUGCCACAACCUAAAGUAUCUCAGUGCCAUAAAUACUUACCCAGUGUCUUGACGAUAUGGAAAAAAUCACGCCAAUGUUUACCCCUUUGACUUGAAAAUAUGUUAUAAGUCUGGCCUUAAAUCAAUGAGAUACUCUUAAACAUAAUAAACAAUUGAAACCAAUUGCAUUGUAGUAAACGUUGAUUAUAAUGAUUGUAAGAUAUUCGAAAAGAUAUAUAGUAUGUUAGUAACCCAUUAUAAUAUGAUUGGGAAGUUUCAUCCAACAAUUAGUGAUAAUUCAAGUGUUUGAUAAACAGUAUACAGUGCAGCAUACUUAAACUAGACAGAAGUGAAACGCCCUAUCUUACUGGUGCAGAAAUAUCAUCUCAAUAGUGCAGUAUUAUCUGAUAUAAACAUGCAUGUUUUAUACUAACAAAAUAUAGUCAUGCUGUUAUGUUAAUUAUACCGUUACUUUCGAACGUUACGUUUGUUUAUACACUGAACGCACUGAACGAAAAGGCAUUUGGUUAAGUUGACCUGUUUAUUUCAUCCAGGAAGUAAUUUGAUAUGCUUGCAAUCUGUAGUAAAGAAUGCAUUCGUUGUGCAGCAGAAAUUGUGCACUGUUGAAAUUCAAUAGCUUGUAUGAAUGUUAGGGGGGUUUCCCCACAAUAAGAAGAGCCAAUGAAAAAUGCUCCUUCGAUCUGAAUACCUUCAAUAUCUGAUUUCAUGCCAGGUUUAUAUUCAGCAGGUUUACUGCAUCUCUCAGUAUGCUUUUAAAAUACAAUGUUUGAAUAUACCCUAUCAGUGAUUUAUAGAGAUGAUCGUUUUGGUACUUGUUAUGCAUGUAGUAAGCUCUUUAUCAAUUGACAUGAUAAAGCAUAUUUUCUAUCUAGCUAUUCCUUUAACCCUUAAAUCAAAUAUAACAUUUAAUAUGACUAUGGAAUUACGUUAAAAAGAAAAUAACUAAAAAUACAUUGAUAAAUUUUCGAAAAUAACCUUUUCUGUAGAAUGGCCCAUGUAUGUAUGUAUGGUAUGUAUGUAUGUACUGUCUCUGUCAAAUGUACAAUACAGAGAAAUUGGUUUGAUUAUUUGCAGUGCAAUUAGUAUUUUAAUCAUUUUUUAUACGCAUCAGGUUGUUUAUAUUUAUCAAGUGCUUUUGUUUUCUAUGUAAUUGGUAUAAAUGAUUCUUGAAUAAAAGUUGUCUUUG